GCGUUAGACGUCACACACACAGAUGCGAGUGUACGAUAACGUCAUUGUGUGGUGUCUGUAUAAAACGAGGUUGUAUGAAGUGUGUUGUGUGAGCUGUUGGUGUACUUUUUUUAUAAAUAAAUAAAUGAUGUGUCCGGGGUGUGCUCGAGGGUCUGCAGCGCUAUGGGAGCUCCAACAGUCUCUUGAAGGUAUUGCUGUACUGGACGCGCAAGGCGCUGGCGGCUUAGAGGAAGGGUUGUGGGCCCGUGGAGGUUUUUGUAAUUAGAAACAUGUCGCCACAAAUGGAAGCGUCUUGGGCACUUUAUGAGUCAGACAUAGCCGGGGGUAAGAUUCCCGUGGUCCCUGCAUCCGCCAAGAUAAGGGAAUGGCACAUCGUAUGGAAAAACGUUAUCAUAUACACAUUGUUACAUAUCGCCGCAGUAUAUGGAGGCUACCUAUUUUUCUUUGAAGCUAAAUGGGCUACUUGUGCAUUUGCGUACAUGCUCUACAUAAUGUCUGGACUGGGCAUCACUGCUGGAGUACACAGGCUAUGGAGUCACAAGGCCUACAAAGCUAACCUGCCUCUCCGAGUGAUACUCGCACUAUUCAACACUAUUGCUUUCCAAGAUGCAGUUCUACACUGGGCUCGCGACCACCGCAUGCAUCACAAGUACUCGGAGACAGACGCUGACCCUCACAAUGCCACGCGUGGGUUCUUCUUCUCCCACGUCGGAUGGCUGAUGGUCAAGAAACAUCCAGAGAUCAAGGCUAAAGCUCACACUAUCGAUAUAAGUGACUUAUUAGCUGAUCCCGUCCUUACUUUUCAGAAAAAGUACUACUUCAUCCUAAUGCCUCUGUGCUGCUUCAUCCUCCCAACCAUCAUACCGACUCUGUGGGGCGAGUCUAUCUGGAAUGGAUUCUUCGUUGCCGCCAUCUUCCGCUUCAUAUACGUCCUUAACGUCACCUGGCUCGUCAACUCUGCUGCUCAUAUGUUCGGCAGCAAACCUUACGACAAGAACAUCAAACCAGUGGAAAACAAAACCUUAUCUGUACUCGUUUUAGGUGAAGGUUUCCACAACUUCCACCACACUUUCCCCUGGGAUUACAAGUCAUCUGAAUUGGGGGAUUAUUCACUGAAUUUUACAAAUUUGUUUUUGGAUAUCAUGACCAGUAUCGGAUGGGCUUAUGAUUUAAAGAGUGUGUCACGAGAAGCGAUAAGAAAUCGAGUAAAGAGGACAGGAGAUGGUAGCCAUGACGUAUGGGGAUGGGAUGAUAAGGAUGUACCUACUGAACACAAGGAGAUGACUACAAUUAUAAACCCUUCCAAGAUUGAAUGAACUAAGCAAACAAAUCGACUUCAAAAGUGUAUACUGUGAAUAAAUGUAAAAUUUAGAACCUACGGAUUUUGAUAAAGUAAUAUAUGGUGCCGUGGCCAGUGCAGUAAAUAAAAAAAAGUAAAAAUUAUUUAUUUACCAAAUAGGUAAAUAGGUCGCAGGCUCAGGGAAAAAACGGGUGACUCCCGCUCCGGUUCGUUCUUGGAACAAAGGUUGGCCAUUGCUAUUCAGCGUAAUGCGGCGAGCGUUAUGUGCAUCUUUGCUCCGGGAACGGUCAGGGGCGGGUUAUUUAUGGACUAAGAUUUUUUUAAUAAUUUUAUUGAUAAAUUGUAUAUCUAGUAUUAAGAUUUCAAUGAGAUAAUAACAUAAUGUUGAGAUACUCCAAAUAAAGUAAAAUUAACACAAGUUAAUAGCGGGCCCUGCACUAGGGUUUCCCCUGUAUCGCAGUAGCCCUAUGUGCAAUGUUGUGAUUUCAUCCAUAGAUGGUUAAGUUAUGCUAGA